GAUUUCCAGGUUAGAAUGGGUUUCUUUAUUUGGUCCCAUUUCCUUACAUGGCUCCCCACAGGAAACUACAAACCUGCCAUCUCAUCAUUUUUUCCCAUUGUCCUCUUGCUUCCUACAGAAAAUUUCCAAAGUGCACCUUUCUUUGGGAAAGAAUGUGCUCUGCAGCCCUCUGUGCCUGUGCUGAGGAAUGCCACGCCCUUAGCAGGAAGUGUGUGCAACUUCUCCAGGGUCUCCACCCCAGCUCUGAGUUCAGCAUGGCUCCUGCCAUCAGACUCCAGCACUUGUUCCCAGCAGCUCAUGGACAGUGCUUACCCCUACUUACCAGCUGGCACAACCAUGGUGACUGCGCUGACUGACCAGGGCCAGAGCUCUGCCUCAGCACUCUCCUAUUUAGGUGUUCUCCAGUGGGAUCCCACGGGAAGCACUGACAGGAGGGGAGCUGCACUCCAGGACUUCACUGUAACUGUCAUUGACCAGAAUACCACAUUCUCCUCCUUGUCUAUGACAGCCCAGGGUGACAAUAUUUUAGAUCCCAAUUCCUUAGUCCUCUCCUAUCCAACACUGUCUGCCAGCCUUGUUCAGGCCACACCACCACAGGUGCCAAAUCAAGGAUACAGCCUGGCACCUUCCUACCAGGAGGGCAGCCAGGUCUAUGACAAUGACAUCAACAGCCUGGGCCCUCUGAUGGCUGGAGAACACAGGCAGUGCCUGCAGGCCUGUGGCUCUGUGUCCUACUCUGGGGGUCAGGCCUCUGCCCUGCAACCAGGGAUGGUGGUGAUGCCAAAGGAGAUUCAGCCAAUGAAUGUCCAAACACCCUUCACCACCACUGCCAUCUACUAUCCCACACCUGCUCAAGACAUGCCAGACACCAGUCUUCAAGUGGUGAAAAUGGAGACAACCCUGGGAUUGACAGCUUCAGCCCAGACACUCUGUCUGCUGCAGAGUCCAGACCUCUGCAAUGCCUGCACCCAGGAUGUCCAGAAGACACCACCUGUCCAUGGGGACUGGUCAUUAACUGCCCCCAUUGACAGUUUUUUGGAAUUCCUGCCCUUGCCUCCUGCUCUGAGCUUGGAACAAACAGACAAUAAUGACUUGGAUUUGAUGACAGCUGAUCUGUCAAAUCCUCUGUAUGCCUAUGAGGGCAUAAAAGAAAGCCAAGAUCCAUCACUUCUCCCUUUAGCACAUGCCAACAUGCAGCAGGCCCUGAACUACACUGAUUCAGGGAGCCUAAAACAGAAGCUUUCUCCUGACAAUGCCACCUUGGGAAGCAACAGCCUUGGUCAGGAUGAGCCUGGGGUGUUGCAAGAUGCAAUGAGCUCCAGCAUGGACUUUGCAGACAUGACUACACUGGUGGCAGAUAUUCACCUUCCCCGACUCUUCAACUCAAUCACUGAAAUGAACCAAUUCCAAGAUCCCACAGCAACCCAAUCCAAAGACACCAGGAGGGAUCAGGCCCAGGAAAGCUCCAGCAUAAUCAGUGUAUCUGUGAACCAAGUGAGAAAAAAUAGCCCGAAAUCCUCUGAGAUGCUUGAUGGGUCUCCUCAGGCCAGAAUCCAGCUCCAGGGCCUGGUGGAGGAAGAAGAGGCUGUGGGCAGUGCUGGGUCCAGUGAAGGGGCUAUUGACAACAUGCCUAAGCACUUUGAGGGCAAAGCUCAGAAAGGCACACCUAACAUGCCCAGCAGAGCUAGGGCUCAGGGGCAAGACAAGACCAAGAGAACCAGAGAAAACAACUCCAAGAAAACAGAGGAGCUGAAGCAGUCAAGAAACAUAGUCAAGGCAGAAGAAAACACGACCAUGCCAAAGAACAAGAGGAAGAGGAAUCCUCCGGAGCUCAGCCACAACAGCUUUAAAAAGCCUCGAACUCAUCUCGGCAUGCACAUGCUAGAAUCCGUGCAAGUCUUUCACCCACUGGGGAAGAAGAGUGAGAAGAAAACUGGCAUCUCCUCCUCCCAGGCUCGGCUAAACCUCAGCAAAAACAAAGAUCCCAGGACAGGCCCAGCCACCACAUCCCUUCUUGAUGUGCCAAGUGAUGGCCGGGGCCCUGGGAAAAGCCCAAGCAAUGCUCAGAGGCCAGAGAGCAAUGCUCACAGGGAGUGUCCAUCUCCAUCCCAGUAUGAGCUGCCCCCACCUGGGAAGGUCAAGUUAGUACCUCUGCCUUUUCCAGCCCUGGACAAGCCGCAAGCCAGACUGGUUUCUAGAAAGCCUCUCUUCCUGGCUUCACGCAGGCCCCCUGCAGUAUACCCUGUGAGGCCUCAUUCCCACUCGGCUCAGCCUUCCACACUCAAGCCAUCUAAACCAGCUCCUGCCAGCACUUCUUUGAUGGCCUCUGACAAGCCAGCUCUGCCUAUUGCUACCAGUGCCACACAAGCUAACAUAACCCACCCCAUCCAGUCUUGCCCUGGGCCUCAGCCAGCUGUCUGUAGGCCAGUAUCCUACAGGGCAUCAGCUCACACUUCACUACAGAGGGAGCUUGACUCUUCUAACAAGAACAAGGCCCCAUCAACCCCCAAACCUCAAAUCCAAUAUCUACUACAAGACUUCAGCCACCAACCAAUUCCAUGGAGGAAAGUCCACAUUCCAGGGCCAGUCAUCUCACAGCCCAUCACAGAAGAGCAGAGACCAGAGAGGGAGGCCAUGAAGAGGCAGGCUCAACGGGAGAGAGAGAAUGCUGCCAAGUACACCUCUCUGGGAAAACCACAGCUCUUCCUUCAGAGGCAGAAGGAUAUGGAAAUUUCUACAUAUUUUGGCUAUGUCAUGUAAGGGCUACCCUAGACUUUGGAACACAGUACUAUUCAACAUAGAGAAGGUAAUAGAGACACAUAUACAUGAAUACAUUGGAUUUAAAGACUUGGACGAAUGUGUAAAUAUGUUCGUAUAUAUUGAGCUAAUGUGACUAAUAAGUACAUCACAGGAUUUAUAUAAAAACGGUCAGACAUAGUUUCUAUACUUGUAAAUAUCUGAAGACACUAAAAGUGACUGGAGAAAUUAAAGUCAGUUAUAUUUUAUCCAUGAGUAAGUAUAUAGAGAGGGUUUUGCUUGUUUCUUUGUACCUUUGCUGUUAUUCAAGUAUGUUGUCGAUAUAGUAAUAUAUGUUACAUAAAUACAUCAUAUGAUAUAAGUCCCCUGGUAGUGUUAUUUAAGGUAAAAGUAAUUAGCCAAAACCUGUAGUGGUAAUAAAAUUAUUCUUCUUGACUUUUAUUUUUAAAUAAAAUAAAAGUCUUUGAACUUGG